AACAAUAACAAUAACCAUAAUAACCAUAAUAACAAUAACAACACCCGAACACAACCUUGAAACUCACUUGAAGAGAAAAAGGGGCAAAAAUGGCGUCUACCUCUGCUGCUCGCCGUGGCGUGGGAGCUUCCGUGCGAAUCAAAAACACUACUGAUACCUUCGUCUCCGAUAAUCGACCACUUAUCUCUGACAUCCGUAAAGCCCUAAAUACGUUGAGGGAAGUUGCGGUAGAAAUGGAGAGAUUCAAUCGAUCUGAACAGGUAAGAGAGCUUGAAGACGCUUUUGUAGAGUUAUUGGGCACUUAUGAAGAAUCCAUGAAUUUUACCAAUGUGAUGGAAUCAGUUGGGAGCAAUUACCAACCUGGCCCGGAGUUAACCGAUUUUAAUAAGCUGUUUAAAAAUGAAGUUUCUAGGCUCAAGCGUAAUGCGUCUUCAAAUCGUCAGACUGCUGGCAUGUUACGGCAGUUCAAAGAAGCUGUUUGGAAUGUCCAUCAUUCAGGUCAGCCAAUGCCUGGUGAAGAGCAAGAAGACAUUGUGAUGACCAGCACACAAGGCAUUUUAAAUACAGCUUGCCCAAUAUCUGGAAAGUCAAUUACUGACCUGGCAGAUCCAGUUCGCAGCAUGGACUGCAAGCACGUCUAUGAUAAGAGUGCAAUUCUGCACUUCAUGAAGAAUAAUCCAACGAAAAAAUGCCCUGUAGCAGGUUGUCCCAAACCAUUAAAGGCUAAUAGAGUGGUGUGUGACGCUCUAUUACAUGUGGAAAUCGAGGAACUGCGUUCAUCAAAUAAAAAUACUGUUGAGCCUGAAGGUAUAGAAGACUUCACUGCACUUGACAAUGAAGACUGACAAGCGAUGAAGGCUGUAUAUAAAGCUCACACUAUUAGGUUCUCAUUGUUCCUCAUUCUGUUUGAAAUACAGUAGAGGUACCUUUUGCAAUAUGAAACCUAUGAUAGCUGUAAUAUGGAGUAUAUGCUUGUAUUGCAAUCGCUUUGACCUGUUCUUUGCUGAUCAUCCUAGGAUUAUGUCUAACAGUUCUUAUUUUGGUGUUUGUAUUUAUUAUAAAAAUUAAGUAUCUGGAAAUAUCUCCAUUGGUGUUACAUAACAGAAGGCCAACAUAUAUUAGUACAUGUAAUUACAAGUAUUUGGAUAAUUUGAAAAAAGAGUAAAAUAA